AUGAGGCGCAUGCGUGCUGUUGAGGGGCGGUGGAGCUGUAGCGUCUCGUCGCGGCGGGGCCGGCCGGGGUCCGGCGGUGGUGCGGGAGGCCUCGGCGGGCAGGGCGGCCGUCAGGAAGGCCGUCAGGAAGGCUGUCAGGAAGGCUGGAGGGGCCAGUCGAGGGGCUCAGUGCAGCAGUUGGCGGAGCGGUUCGCGGACCUAGCAGCUAGCUACAGCGAGGCGCUCUUGCAGCGGGCGGAGCAAGAGGCACAGAACGCGCGGCUCCGUCAGGAUAACUCCCGACUGCGUGCGGAGAACCGCCGCCUGCGCCGCGAGAACCGCUGCCUUUUCCGACAGACCCUGCUGGUCCCCGACAAGCCAGCGGCCGCGGUAGAGGAGGAGGAGAGCCUGCGGACCGAGCUGGAGAGGUUGCGGGAGAGACACCGCCGGGCCUUGCAGCACCUGCGGCGCUGCCGGGCCUAUUGCGGGUCGGAGGCCUCGGGAUUCGACGACAACGAGCUGGGUGAGCUGCUGGAGGAGGAAGAAAACGAACAGCCGCCAUAUACCCCACAGCAGCCGCUAGAGGAGAAGGUCCUGGUGCAGCUCUAGUAGCUGGCCUCGGGAGGAGGUGCAACUAGCACUGCUGUUAUGAAAGGGCAGCGCUGCUAGUCUGCUCGGCCCCACUGUCAGCGAUGGACCUUGUGUGGGGCUGGGGCGGCACUCUUGCACUGCAAACUGGCGGCCUCCUCCCAAGGAAGGGUGGGAAGAGAAUUGGCUGGCUGUUUCAAAAUCACUGUCGGAGAUGUGUGACCAGGAAGCAUUAAUUAGGAUCAGGGAGAAGCAAGUUUUGUUGGAAAAGUGAUGCUGGGAAGAGGCCUGCCGUCGAAUGCCUCGAGGCAGCAGCUGACAUGGAGAACAACCACAGUGAACAGUUCGUCUCCUGUCACCUCAUAGCAUGGAACUGUGCAUCCUUUGGAGACCAGCUAUGGAUCACCUUUGUUCUCUUUGAGCAGACCUCAGUCACCAUGGAGACUAUCAAAAGAUGGCCGUGGCUGUUUUUUAGUAGUCUAUAUCUGCUAGUAAAGGAACCUCACAAGCUGCUUUGGCACCCCAGUAAAAGUUGGUGAUUUGAGCUCUCUGUUGCCUAGAGGUGUACUGCAAAACGGCAUUUGUAUCUUUAAUGAUGGGCUUUGUUCACUAUCACAUGAAUAUUGGUUUGAAUUUCACACUUUCAUGUAAAAAAAUAAUAAAAUCAUGAUGUAUCAAC